AUGCUGGAGAUGGAACGGCAGGAGAAAGGCAGGAACACCCGAGAGAAGCGCCACACCACGACGCCACGCCACACCACACCACACCACGACGCCACACAACACCACACCACGACGCCACACAACACCACACCACGACGCCACACCACACAACGCCACACCACGACGCCACACAACACCACACCACAACGCCACACAACACCACACCACAACGCCACACCACGACGCCACGCCACACCACACCACACCACGACGCCACACAACGCCACACCACGACGCCACACCACACCACACCACGACGCCACACAACACCACACCACACCACGACGCCACACAACGCCACACCACGACGCCACACAACGCCACACCACGACGCCACACAACACCACACCACACCACACCACGACGCCACACCACACCACACCACGACGCCACACCACACCACACCACGACGCCACACAACGCCACACCACGACGCCACACCACACCACACCACGACGCCACACAACGCCACACCACGACGCCACACAACGCCACACCACGACGCCACACAACACCACACCACACCACGACGCCACACAACACCACGCCACACCACGACGCCACACAACGCCACACCACGACGCCACACCACACCACCGCUCGCCUUGA